AUGGAAGUAUCAUAUGAAACAUGUGCGUCUUCACUAUUUAUGCUUUUUCUCCUUUCGUAUACAGAGCAGUUAUUCUGCCAAAAAACUCUCGGUAGUUGCCACUCAGAGGAAAGGUAUAUCGCUUUAACAAAGAUAAAAUCUCGUCUGGGAAAUCAGCUGUAUCAGCUGGCUGCAGGUUAUGGAAUAGCGCAAAAAGCACAACGAACGUACUACUAUGUACUAGGAGGUAAUAGCAUAACGGAGAGGAGAGUGCGAAACUACUUGAGGCGGAUAGCGGAAACAUUUCCAAAGACUUUAAGAAUGUAUAAAAUUUUCAAGACAAACGAAAUUAAGCAAAUGAAGAUAAUUUUUGCUCCAGGUGAGCGCUUCAAGCGCUGCUGCUUAUAUGAGGAUCCCGCCAGAUUCAUAGACCAUCCAGCAAAGUAUAUCCAACUGAGUCAGGGAGGCGCACAAAAUGCACUUUAUCUGGAAGAUUAUCUGCCAGAAAUUAGACAAUUCUUCCAGUUCUCUGAAAUUGCAAGGAAAAGAGGAGAAGCUGAUCUAGGUGCUCUGCAAAUGGGACGAUACAUUCUCAGCACCACUUUCUUUGAUGCUCAUAAGCACUGUGAUGUACAAAGCUGGCGCGCGUCGGAAGUACCUGUGGGAAUUUGUUCGGAAGACACUUUAUAUCCGUUUACAGAACAAAUAUGGAAGGGGCUUCAUCACAUCAUUCUCUUCGGCGACGAUCAGGAUUUCAUGGACAGCCUCGCCAGGAUAUUGAUGGCAAACAAUUCAAGCAGGACGGUUCAUAUAUCCACUUAUACGGAGAUGUCGGAUUUCUAUAUCUCUUCUCGACUUUGCAAAUCAUUUCUGCUUUCUGCACCGACCUCCACAAUGGGUUGGUGGUUGGCCUUCUUUACGAAAAAUCAAAACAGUGUGUACUAUUACAAAGAUCGGCGGAACGUUGAGGACUACAAGAUGUUGACUGAUGAAUUCUAUUUAAAAGCAUGGCAUCGACUAAAUGGUUGA